AUGGCUACAGCUGCUCCUCGCAUCGUCAAGCAAGUCUUUGAUCAAUUCCCGCUGAAGCAACUUCCUCCGCUGUAUGCAGGACCUGCUCCUUCUACUCGGCCAACACUAUUCAUGCUGAAGGACCAUGCAAAAUCUUGCGCUGUUGUCGCUUUCAUCAAGCUGCUUGGUCUUGACUUGGACGUACAACAGACAAACAAGCAUAGUCACACUUCACAUCCCUACUUACUUGUGGGGAACCGCAUCUUGGCGGGUGAGCCUCUCCAUGAGCGACUCUUACAACUUGCCGAAGAAGAGCCUCCUGCUCCGAGCCUCAAAAGUGCAGGUCUCGCGUUGUUUGCUGCUUUAGAGGAUGCUUUGGUUCUCGCAGAUUAUAUGGAUCAGACCUCUCCACUAGCUUGGCGGAGCAAAGAGGCAGGACUCCUGCAAAUUGCUGCUUCCCAAAUGCAAUCAAUGUCAUUGCAACUUGCGAAAGAACCGCCCGCAGUGGCUGCCAUUCACAAGCGCUACAUCUCUGAAGAAGACACCUGGACGACAUUGCUCGUCACAUGUCGUCGAAACCUAGAGGCGCUGCAAGAGCUUGCUCCAAAGACAUUGCAGGAUCUAGAGGACAAGGAAAUGGCCGCCAUGAUUGUUGGCUAUAUCAGCACAAUCACGAAUUACACCGGAAACGGCCGUGCACGCAAGGAAGUCCAACAAACAACAGCUCGUUAUGCAGACCUUGUACGACAGUCUCAAUACUAUGCCAGUCUAUAA